AUGGCUAGCGCCUCAUGCGAUUUCCUUACGACGCUGGCGCCUAACGCGCUGCCGCCUAACUCGCUGGCGCCAAACGCACUGGCAUCUAAUGCGCUGGCACCUAACGCGCUGGCACCUAACAAGCUGGUGCCUAACGCGCUGUCAUCUAACGCGCUGGCGCCAAACGCGCUGGCGCCUAACGCGCUAGCGCCUAACUCGCUGGCGCCUAACGCGCUGGUGCCUAAGCCACUGGCGCCUAACGCGCUGGUGCCUAAGGAGAUGGCACCUAACGCGCUGGCGCCUAACGCGCUGGCGCCUAACUCGCUGGCGCCUAACUCGCUGGCGCCUAACUCGCUGGCGCCUAACGCGCUAGCGCCUAACUCGGUGGCACCAAACUCACUGGCGCCUAACGCGCUGGCGCCUAACAUGCUGGCUCCUACCUCGCUGGAUCCUCACGCGCUGGCGCCUAACGCGCUGGCGCCUAAAGCGCUGGCGCCUAACGCGCUGGCGCCUAACUCGCUGGCUCCUAACGCGCUGGCGCCUAACGCUCUGGCUCCUAACUCGCUGGUGCCUAACACGCUGGCGCCUAACGCGUUGGCGCCUAACACGCUGGCGCCUUGCUGCGAUUAG